GACUGCGCGCCCGGAGCCCCGUUCCGCGUCCCCGCCGCCGGGAGGAGGUGCCCGCACGCUCGCGGCGCGCGCCGGCCGCCAGACUCGGCCUGUGGGCGAUUUCCUCCGGACCCAGGCUCCCGCCCGAGGAGGAAGAUGCAGACCUUUCUGAAAGGGAAGAGGGUUGGCUACUGGCUGAGCGAGAAGAAAAUCAAGAAGCUCAAUUUCCAGGCCUUCGCCGAGCUGUGCAGGAAGCGAGGGAUAGAAGUUGUGCAGCUGAACCUCAGCCGGCCCAUCGAGGAGCAGGGCCCCCUGGACGUCAUCAUCCACAAGCUGACCGAUGUCAUCCUUGAAGCCGACCAGAAUGACAGCCAGUCCCUGGAGCUGGUGCACAGGUUCCAGGAAUACAUCGAUGCCCACCCUGAGACCAUCGUCCUGGACCCCCUCCCUGCCAUCAGGACCCUGCUUGACCGCUCCAAGUCCUACGAGCUCAUCCGGAAGAUUGAGGCCUACAUGGAAGACGACAGGAUCUGUUCUCCGCCCUUCAUGGAGCUCACGAGCCUGUGUGGGGACGACACCAUGCAGCUGCUGGAGAAGAACGGCCUGGCCUUCCCGUUCAUUUGCAAAACCAGAGUGGCUCAUGGCACCAACUCUCAUGAGAUGGCCAUUGUGUUCAACCAGGAGGGCCUGAGCGCCAUCCAGCCCCCUUGCGUGGUCCAGAAUUUCAUCAACCACAACGCCGUCCUGUACAAGGUGUUUGUGGUCGGCGAGUCCUACACCGUGGUCCAGAGGCCCUCGCUCAAGAACUUCUCCGCGGGCACGUCAGACCGUGAGUCCAUCUUCUUCAACAGCCACAAUGUGUCAAAGCCAGAGUCGUCAUCGGUCCUGACCGAGCUGGACAAGAUCGAGGGCGUGUUCGAGCGGCCGAGCGACGAGGUCAUCCGGGAGCUCUCCCGGGCCCUGCGGCAGGCGCUGGGCGUGUCACUCUUCGGGAUCGACAUCAUCAUCAACAACCAGACGGGGCAGCACGCUGUCAUCGACAUCAACGCCUUUCCAGGCUACGAGGGCGUGAGCGAGUUCUUCACAGACCUCCUGAACCACAUCGCAACCAUCCUGCAGGGCCAGAGCGCAGCCACGGCAGCCGCGGGGGACGUGGCCCCACCAAGGCACAGCAAGGCCCUGGCCGAGCCGGCGGGCAGCCUGGCCAGCGAGCGGACGUGCAGCACCAGCCCUGGCUGCUGCGGCAGCGUGACGGGCGAGGAGGCGCCUUGGAAGGCCGAGGCCGACGUGGGUGGCACCGCCAAGCUGCCGCACCAGAGACUCGGCUGCACCGCGGGCAUGUCGCCCAGCUUCCAGCAGCACUGCGUGGCCUCCCUGGCCACCAAGGCCUCCUCCCAGUAGCCGCAGAGCCAGGACCCAGAGGGGCAGCGCGGGGCGCAGAGCACACCCGCUGGGCAAGCAGCUACUACUAAGAAUUCCCAAUGAUCUGAUUCUUUUCUUAAUUUUUAACCUGAUUUUCUGAUGUCAUGAUCUAAA